GAAAGAUCAAUGGGCGGUCAGAGAAUAAGAUGGCGGACUGCGAGUCGGAGGUGCAGCGCUUGCCAGCCGCGAACGAAGACGUAACGAGAAACGCGAACGUGACGAUGAUCACCAACGGACGCGUGCCUCAGCACCCGGUGAACCAGACAAAUCCAAUCGGACAGGGACCGAGAUGCGUCACGAUUUUCAAAACCGAGACUGGUUUUGGGUUCAAUGUACGCGGUCAGGUCAGCGAGGGUGGACAACUGAGAAGCAUCAACGGAGAACUGUACGCGCCGCUUCAGCAUGUCAGUGCUGUAUUACCUCGAGGUGCUGCUGAGAAAGCCGGUGUACGGAAAGGCGAUCGCAUACUGGAAGUAAACAACGUGAACGUCGAAGGAGCCACCCACAAACAGGUGGUGGAUUUGAUCAAGUCAGGUGGUGACGUCCUGACGUUGACUGUUAUCUCCGUGACGCCGCAGGAAGCGGAAAAGCUCGAGCCGUUCGAAGAUUUGAGUUAUGCAUCGGUGGACUAUAGCGAGAAGAGAUCCCUACCUAUCAGCGUGCCCGAUUAUCAUGUUCGCGAGAGGAAGCAUGAACGCUAUGUGGUAUUCAACGUUCACAUGGCAGGCCGACAUUUAUGCUCUCGGCGUUAUCGGGAAUUCGCUGCCUUGCAUAUGGUCUUGAAGAAGAAAUUUAUCGGCUUUAACUUCCCUAAGCUACCAGGCAAAUGGCCAUUCCAAUUGAGCGAGCUGCAACUCGACGCGAGAAGACGCGGUUUGGAACAGUACUUGGAAAAGGUUUGCGCCGUACGAGUAAUCGCUGAGAGCGAUAUCAUGCAAGAAUUUUUGGCCGAUAGACUCGAAGAAGACGGAGAUCUAGGACCAGCUGUCGAUUUAAAAGUACUCCUGCCGGAUCGCGAGGUUGUAACCGUUACUGUUGCUAAAGCUGCUUCUGUCAGUGACGUAUACGACGCAGUUUGCAGCAGAGUGGGCUUGGACCCGGAAACGGCGAAAUACUUUUAUCUUUUCGAGAUCGUCGAAUACAAUUUCGAAAGGAAAUUGCAACCCCAUGAGCACCCUCACACUUUGUACGUUCAAAACUAUUCGACCGCCAGUGUUACGUGUUUGGCAAUAAGAAGGUGGCUCUUCAAUGUAAAUAGACCACUCAGCGAACAAGCAUUAACUUGGGUUUUCUGGCAGACUGUCGACGAGGUUAACAGAGGACACAUCACAGCCGGUGAAAGAUUAUACCAGUUGAAAGCAUUACAAGAUGCGUCGAGGAAACACGAGUACCUAAAACUGGCGAAAGAAUUGAGCGGUUAUGGUGAUAUCGUGUUUCCUCAUUGCCCGUGCGAUUCGCGAAAGGAAGGACACGUUGUUCCCGCUGUAGGAUCUGCAGCGUUUAAGCUACACGCGGCAAAGGAAGAUGGCACUUUGGAGUCUCAAGUCGUUGAAUUUCAAUGGAACACCAUUACAAGAUGGGAGGUAGAUGAAGAAGGAAUGGCAUUCUGCUUUCAGUACACGCGCCAGGAUAACCGUCCACCGCGUUGGCUUAAGCUUUUCACACCUUACUACACGUUCCUGUCAGAUUGUUUUGAUCGAAUAGCAGAGGAAGCAAAGUGGGACGAUCCAGGAGAAUGAGGUAACGUUCAGCGUUAAAAACGUGUUUGGUGCAUAAUAGCAAAGGUAUCGUUUCAUCGAACGUUUCACUUAUCUUAGUAGCGAGAACAUUUUGAUUAGGAUUACUUUUUUAAGACGAUUCAGGAAUCAGUGGCACCGUAAUCACAUCGGACUCUUGCUUGAUUAGCUUCGCGAUGUUAUUAACGAUGCAUCGUUACAUAUUAUCAUACAUUCUUUUAGAUGCGAUAUAAACAGGAAAUGUACUGCUCGAAAAUUAACAUUUUUUUGUUCUAAAGAAAAUAGCAAACAUCACUAUCAGGCACGAGUACACGUAUCAUUGUAUCUUUAGCUGAUAACACUUCGGUCGUAAAUUUUGGUACUUCAGUUGCAAAGGAAGAAAAUAAACAAUGGCAUAAUUUUUUAGGUACGAUAUUGUUGCCGACAUCAUACUAAACACCAAUCUAGGUGAACCUAUUUCUUGGCCUAUCGUUAAUCACGUAUAGCGUAUAUUUGGAUCUCAACCAAGAGAAUCAUCAAAUUACGAAACGUUCCUUUUUACUAGCCUAAUAGGUAUCGCCAACUUUCGUUCGUUAAAUCCGUACAAGUAUAUGAACUUAACCAAGAAGUAUUAUUGUUUAGAUGAUUAAUUCCCUUUACACUUACACUCUGUAUGCAUUUUUUCUUUUUUUCUUUUUUUUUUUUAAAUAUUUUUC